AUGGACGAGGGAGACGAGAACGGCUUCGAUAACGUCCUCAACGACAUACCGCGGCGUGCCAGGCAUGUCUUGUCAAGCACUGCCGGUCGAUGCCUAGAGUUGUGUGACACCCAGUUCUGCGAAAAUCCAGUCGAAGCAGACUCCAUCUGCCAAAGCCUCGAGCACGGAAAAGAAAACCCCGUACACGUCUGCGACCACUGCAGCAAAGCAAGCGCCAUCGAGGUGGUCAGCAUCGGAAGCUCGUUCAACUCGAACGCAAUAGAGAACAUGCGCGCAUAUCUCUGCAACCACUGCGCCGAGAGAGUCGGCAAGAAUCCCGGCCCAGUGUUGCGAGACAGGCUCACCGACGACCUCAAGGUCUGGGGCAACUGCGAGGAUUUUGCCCUUGCACUUGGUGUGCCCGUCCCGUUGAACAAGGACGGCGGCACCAUCACGCUCAUGGGCAACGCCCAGAAAAUCACCGGAUGCCUGUGCGGAACGAAACUCGUCACUCAACGCCUCUGCUACAGCCACCGCCUCAAGUACGCGGACGAGGUGGUAGUCCAAGCCCAGAGGAUGCAAGACUGGUGCCGGGAGAAAUACGGUGCCAAAACCUGCUUUGUGUGUCUCAGGGGAAACCAGCCGCGCGUGGUUGCAUUUGACGGACGCCAAUGGGUUUCCUACGUGGCCAAAUGCACUGCUUGGCAGUGUCUUGCCUGCGGCGACUUGGUCGUGAAUCAGCCAACGACGGGGAUCUUUGGACCUCAAGGGCCCAGGGCCAUAGUCUCGACACCUCGGGCGAUUACUUUUGACGAUUUAUAUGGGAGACGGGGUGGAGAUGGGCAGGAGGUGCAGGAAGUGUUUAGCGAGGAGGUGAGGAGAGGAGAGGAAGAGCUUCGGUCGUACGCAUACGGAGACGAAGUAUCUUUCGGGGAAUCAUCUGCAAUGGAUUGGGAGGGAGGAUCAAAUGGGAACCAAGAGGGAACGUUGGACGAACAAGCUUGCAAACAGGGCAUGGAGUCGUUGGGAGAGCAAGCUGAAGCACAGCACGGAGGCCAAGAUGGAGAGGAAGCUCAAGAAGAAGCUCAAGCACGGGAUAUAUCCAAGUCCAACGGAGAGGCCUCUAGAGAGAAAACUUGGACUCUUGUCUACCGCCCGAUUUAG